AUGGCGUUCGGUGAGAUGUGUUCUGGAAGCUGGUUCUUCUCCUCUCUCAAGCAGCAGCUGUAUGUUUUGCAAAAGGUCGGAAUUGCAUUAGUGUCGAGAACUGCAACCCAGCGACCCCGUGGAAGCCAAAAAAAAAACGGGGAACGGUACAAGCACCGCCACCCACUUUCGGGUCCGGUCGUCAUCUGGCAGGGCCGGACGGUCAUCUACAUAACUCAGGCGCGCAAAGCCAAAGAAAAUACCCAUGGCCAGACCGCAAAAACGUAUCCAGCCGCUCAUCGGCCGGCGCUUUGUGCACUCCUCCCCGGCUCCCCGGGUGGCGUUGGCGGGUGGUCCUUACUUCACGUGUCCUUCCGUCUCAUGCUCGAUCUAGAAGCUCCCAUUGGGCAAGGCACCAAGAUCGGCGGUGGGAGAUCCCCAAAGGCCCUUCUAAUCCAUCCGCGGUCCAACAAAGCUUCCAGCCGUUCCAUGUUAUGCGAAAUCUUCAGAGAGCAGCUCGGAGCAGGCAAGGCCUUAUAUCAAUGUCACCUAGAUGAGGGCGGGUUUUUUCUUCUCCACUGCUAUCGGCAUUACCACCAUCAUUUGGAGAAAAGUAUCGUAAACUACAAUCUAGGAGAAAACAGACAUUGCCCUGAUUCGCCCAGUUCCGACGCCUUGGUUGCGAACAAAGUCCAAAGAGCUCCAGCAGUUGAAUGUGUCAGGAGUCUAAGAUGCCUGCUUUUUGGCGACAAGAAGCCUGGAUCAACUUACAGGCACCCCCUCGCUAGGCUUGAUCUUACACAGCUGCAGAGGUUCGAAUUCAAAGACAUUGUCGGAUCGGAUGUGGCUUCACAACAAAAAGCGCAAAAUGAGGCCAGAAGAAAACUCUUAAAGGUCAACCAACAAUACAGUGACUGGGCCAUGCAACUUUCGAGCCACUCGAAUUUCGAUGGCGGAAAGCACAUAGGCACCUGGUAG